ACGUGGUAGCUUCUGCUGAGAGAGAGCAAUGAGAAGAAAAGGGAGAAAGCUUCUUAACCUAUGUAUCUCUCUAAGCUCCCCAUUGAAGCCUGAACCACGUGCAUCUUCUUUUCAUGGUGCUUCUAGAACUUUCUCACCAUUUUCCGCUUCUUCUUCUUCCUUCUCCUCCUCCUCCUCCUCCAGCACCGUAACCCCUUGUGUUGAAGAUGAAAAGGCUUCGGCAGCGUCCAAGACGCAGAGGGAAUCAAUGAUUUUGGAAGAGUUCAGACAAAGGAAGCUCAAAGGGACUUCAUCAAGUUCUUCUUCUCCUGAUGGCGGUGCUGAGAAGAAAGAGGGGGAGUCCACUAUGGUGGUUUCCAACUUCAGGGAGUUGGGUGUGGCUGAGGAGCUUGCUGAGGUUUUGGAAAAGAUUGGUGAUGGUGUUCCGAGUGAGAUACAAUGUGUUGUUAUUCCAGCUGUUUUGGAAGGGAAGAGUUUAUUGUUGAGUUCACCCGCUGAACCUGACCGAACUUUGGCUUACUUAUUGCCCCUUAUUCAGCUGCUGCGACGUGGCGAGGUUGGUUUGGAUUCAAAGCAUCCCAGAGCCAUUGUGCUUUGUGCUACGGAGGAGAAAGCUAAUGAGUGUUUUAGUGCUGCAAAAUAUAUCAUGGAGAUUGCGGAAGCGAAGUUGGCAAACCAACGUUCUUCCCCAGAUAAUGAGCAUUCGAAUGUCUCAAUUGGUCUUCUAGUCGGAACCCCUUCUGAGAUUAUUCAGUACAUUGAAGAGGGAAGUGUUGUCCCUGCUGAAAUAAGAUAUAUGGUUUUGGAUGAUGUAGAUUUCAUGCUUGGUAGUGGCCUUGGUUCUAACAUCCACAAGAUUCUCGAACCAUUGCAAGAUCAUGAAUCAAAAUCCUCUUACAAAAGAUUUCAAACCGUCCUAGUUAUAUCGCCGAUCACCGAGGUUUUGGGUGAUGAAUCCCCCAUUGUGAAGCAUCUUGAGCGUGAUCAUGCUGGAAAUAUUUCUGCAAUGUCUUUGGAAAUGGAUCAAGGAGAAGUGUUCCAAUAUACACAGUCCCUGGAUGCUCUUAGGAAAAAAGUGACAGAAGCCAUGGACACCCUUGUGUAAAAAGUAUAAUGACUUCAAAGUAAUAGAUUUUUAUCAUCUUUUACUGACCAAACACCAAAGAUUUUGGGUUCCUCGUGUCUGUGAUGUAUAUAUUGUUUUUCUGUUCUCAAGUUCUAACUUAGCAGUGACUUGGUUAAACUUUAGUUGCUGAUACAUGUUAAUGCAAAUUUUAAGGUGCAA